CUCUCUCUCUCUGAACUUAUUUUUUGUGGUAUACCAUCUACAGAGACACAGUUUGUGUGUUCAUUUUUGAGCUGUUUUCAAGCAGAUUACACCCUGAUAUGACAUGGAGGUUUUCACAAUUAAAUUUCUACAGAAUGUUAAUGAAAGUUAUGAUUAUAAUUAUACUGACACUGAUUGUUGUGGAGAAGUGUGUGAUCAGCAAACGAGUAUGUAUUUUGAAGCCAUCUUCACUCCCAUUCUGUACUCUGUGGCAUUUGUGCUGGGUAUGAUGGGAAACGGCCUGGUGCUUGUUGUACUAUGUCAGAAGAGGCGGACAUGGAGUGUGACAGACGUCUUUGUCCUACACCUGAGCGUGGCCGACAUACUAUUACUCCUCACUAUGCCACUUUGGGCAGUGAAUGCAGUGUAUGGAUGGAGUUUUGGCACCCGUCUCUGCAAGCUCGCUGGAGCACUGUUUAAGAUCAACUUCUACAGCGGCAUCUUCCUCCUGGCCUGCAUCAGUCUUGAUCGUUAUUUUUCUGUAAUUCAUGCGGUGCAGAUGUACUCACGCACAAAACCAUUGCGUGUGCAACUCAGCUGCAUAGCUGUUUGGUUCUUCUGUUUUCUUCUCUCUAUCCCUGACUUAAUGUACCUGAAGGCUGAAAACGACCCGAGACGUGGCACAAAAAUUGAGUGUGAUCACCAUUACCCAUCUACCACACUCCGUCUGGCAUCUCGUGUGAUCUACCACGUGUUGGGCUUUUUGUUUCCCGCUGUGGUUCUGCUCUACUGUUAUUCUCGUGUUCUGCUGCGCCUGCAGUGUGGGUCUCAGGGUGUGCAGAAGCAAAGGGCUGUGCGAGUUGUCCUUGCCUUAGUGAUGGCAUUUUUCAUCACCUGGACACCCUAUAACAUCUCCCUGCUGGUGGACACUGUCUAUAACCACCAAAGCAACAACAAUAACACAACCUGUGCGACCAACAUAGUGAUGGACAUCGCCCUAACUACCACCUCCACUCUGGGGUACAUGCACUGCUGUGUGAACCCGGUGCUCUAUGCAUUUGUUGGGGUAAAGUUUCGACGCCAUCUGCUGGACAUGAUAAAGCCAAUCAGAUGCAGGAUGCACACCCGUGUGGACACCCUGUCUCGCAAGAGCUCUGUGUGGUCUGCAGACACAUCACAAACAUCAGCCUUCUGAAGUGGCAGUACACUCUCUCCUGAAGCAAAUUUGGAUUCAUGCAUCUUGAGGUUUGAAUAUAACAACUACAAAUAUUAGCUGAAGAUUCUCAAAACUUUUGUCCUCAAAGAAAUAAUACAAUGAAAUCAUAAUACACUGUUUUUCAUUAUGUCAAAUAGGGUUAAUUAAAAACUAACAAAAACAAAAAGUAGAAAAUCCAAACAAACCAUUUUUUUAUCAUUUUAUUUUCAUGAACUCUUUUAUGAGAAAUUCUCAAACAACAUAUUAUAUAAUAACAUAUUCAAGAAUAAUAAGUACACAAACCAAGAAAGGAAAAGCUUUGUUUAUGACCUUUUGAACAUAUGAUAGUGACUGGUCAUUUAUUUGUAAUCAUGGAUGAAUUAUAGAAAUUUCAGGGAAGUACAUGGUUAAUCCAUUUAAAUAGCCUGUUUACUAAAGCUCAUGCUUGUCUAGAAAGAUGUAUGCUGCAUAAUCUAGAUUUUUUUUGGCUGGUUGGAUUGAAAAGUUCAGACCAGGCACAGACCUAAAGGCUCUUUAGACAACAAAAUAUCUGUAGAUUAGUCUAGGUGUACCAUGCUUUCUUUCCUUGAUCUCGUCAUUUAUUUCCUUUGUCAGUGUUGUAUUUACUGAUAGAGUAGAUAAAUUAGUUUCUACUAUUACUAUUAGUGUGUUAAAAAGGAAGUAUUACAGAAACGUUUUUUCACAUGGAGAUGACUAAUUUCAUGACAACAGGAAAUUCAACAGUCUACAAUUUCUGAAGAAAUGCCAAGACUGAAUAACGACACCGCAGAAGAAAAUAAAAGGGUUGAUCUGACAUUGCUCUAAGAAUGAAUGGAUCAUCUUAAUGCUAAAAGACUUUACAAAAAUUGAGUCAAUCCGAUUUUGUUAGCUUAGGAAGUACAUCAUUGCAAAAUGCAAUUUUCUUAUCCUUCCUAUGUUUUUGCAAAAGCUCAUGAUCAAAUGAUUUGACAAAAAAGAAAAAAAAACCUGAGGCUAAAUGUGUCAGAACAUCAUGUGUAUAUAUAUAUUUUUUAAAAUAGUGCAGCUAAAUGUUUAUUUGCUUAUGUAUAUGUGUGUAUUUUCUAUUACACAUCUCAGUUGUAAUAAACCACAUUUACAGACAAAACAGUACUGAUGUACAAUGCUAGUGUAUUUCAUUUCCUUGUCCCUGCUGCAUUGAUGGGGAAGUCGUGGCCUAAUGGUUAGAGAG